AUGACCAACCGCACCUUCUCCGCCAUGGCAGCGAACCACCAAUCCUACAUGAUCCGAUUCGACGGCGGCCACUCUGACGACCCGUCGCCGAGCUCCGCCGGCGCCGAGCAGCCGGGCCCGCUGCAGCCGCAGCCGCCGUUCGCAGGGCGGAGAAUGAUCUCCCCCGAGCAGGAGCACCAAGUCAUUGUCGCCGCCCUGCUGCACGUCGUCUCCGGGUACACCACGCCGACACCGGAGGUCUUCCCGCCGCCGCCGCCGGCGUGCUGCCAGGUGUGCGGGAUGGAGCGGUGCCUCGGCUGCGAGUUCUUCGCCGAGGAGGGCGCGGGGAAACUGGCGGCAGGCGCGGCGGCGGGGCCGGGGCAGAGGAGGCGGAGGAAGAACAAGAACAAGUACCGCGGCGUGCGGCAGCGGCCGUGGGGGAAGUGGGCGGCGGAGAUCCGCGACCCGCGCCGCGCCGUGCGCAAGUGGCUGGGGACGUUCGACACCGCCGAGGAGGCCGCCAGGGCCUACGACCAGGCCGCCAUCGAGUUCCGCGGCCCGCGCGCCAAGCUCAACUUCCCGUUCCCCGAGCAGCUGACGACGGGCCACGACGAGCCCACCAGCAACGGCGGCGACGCGAGCGCGGCCGCCACCAAGCCGUCGGACAACAUACUGUCGCUGUCACCGUCGCUCUGCAGCGCGGACGAUGAGGAGCGGGGGCAGCCGGAGUGGCCGCCGACCGCCACGGGGCAGGAAACAGGGGAGCAGCUCUGGGAAGGCCUGCAGGACCUGAUGAAGCUGGACGAAGGCGAGCUCUGGUUCCCGCCAACCUCGAGCGCUUGGAAUUGA